UUAGAAAGAACUGCUGGCCGUGGCAGCAAUUUAAACGAAGCAUCAGUCUGUGUGGUUGAGUGUCUUGACUGAAGAACAAGGUGCGUGGACCUCAUCAGUCCGACCACAGGUUUGAUCAGGUGAAAGCCACGCUGAAGAAGACUUAUUUAUAUCUGGACUGAAAGCUGCCAUAAGGGCAUCAGAAUACCAUUGGCUGGACAAAGACAGGUGACGAAAGGAGACUGAAUUUCAAGUAGAAUAAACUCCCAAAUGCAGCUGGAUGAACAGGAUUUGGAAGUGACUUCUGGCUCUGGGAAUAAUGGCUAACCUAUUCAGGACAUUAAAUACACAAUUUGAGAAAAGCAUUCAGCGGUGGAAAUUGGAAAUUGAAAGAAAAAUUAAAGAGGCAGAACAGCCAAACUUUAAAGAAGUUGUAAACAUUAGUUAUGGUGACUUCCACGCCAUGGGGAUGAAGUAUAUCACUUUUGUUCGUCAGAUCUUGGCUGCAAGUGCCUACCCAGAGCUUCUAAAGAGUCGGCAGCUACCUGUGGAUGUUGAGCAGAGAAUUGUUCAGUUCUUCAAAGACUGGGGAAAACAGAGUAUAGGAUGUUACAGUGAAGAUUUUGGCAUCAGCUGUGUCCGAAGAAAUGUGGCACGGUUUAUUGAAGAGCGUGAUGGUGGAAUAGCUUGCGAUAGAGAGAAUAUCUACAUAACAAAUGGAGCUACAAAUGGUUUACAGCUAAUUCUCAGGUUAUUUGAGUAUGGAAAAGGACCGUCUCAGACUGGUGUGUUGGUGCCAGUUCCCUCCUACACUCGCUUCCGUUUAAUGGUACUUGAAGCCGGUGGUGUCAAUGUGCCUUACUACCUGAAUGAGGGGCACAGCUGGGCACUGGACAUGACAGAGAUGAAGCGAGCCCUCAAGUGUGCUAGGGAGCACUGCAGCCCUAAAAUUCUGUACCUCAUUAAUCCUGGGAAUCCAACAGGACAGGUCAUGAGCCGAAAGACUAUGGAAGGCAUCAUCAAGUUUGCUGCCGAGGAGAAGCUAUUUGUGGUUGCAGAUGAGGUAUACCAAGAUCAGGUUUUUGGGGACAACUGCAGUUUUCUUUCAUUCAAGAAAGUCCUAUUUGAGAUGGGCUCAGAGUACCGAGACAAUGUGGAGCUUGUGUCACUCAAUUCUGUCUCCAAAGCCUACUUGGGGGAGUGCGGCUUUCGCUGUGGGUACUUGGAAACUAUCAACAUUGAUCCAGAAGCCAUUACACAGUUGAGAAUCCUAAUAACGAGCAGCUCCUUUCCAUCCAUCAGUGGGCAGAUUGUUCUGGAUAUCUUAAUGAAACCCCCACAACCGGGAGAGCCAUCAUAUGAGAUCUUCAAUAAGGAGAAAACCUUCAUCAUGAACACUUUAGCCCGCAACUCCAAACUGGCUGUGCAGACAAUAAACGCUCUUCCUGGUUUGAGGUGCAAUCCAAUUCAAGCUUCCAUGUUCUGCUACACUCGGCUAGAGCUACCCAGCAAAGCACUGGAGCAGUGUAAGGCUCUGGAUCUCUAUCCCGGCUUAUUUUACUGCAUGCAGCUCCUAGAAGAGACUGGCAUUGUCUUGGAUCCUGGAACAGGAUUUGGUGAAAAUGAUGGAAGAGACCACAUCCGGUUUUGCACCCUUGUUCCACCCGAGAAGUUUGAUGACGCUUUGGAGAAAAUCAAAAAUUUCCAUUUAAAAUUCAUGCACAAAUAUUCCUGAUGUGUGCAGGGACUGCUGCUGGAAAAAGUGACAUCUACUUGUGAAUGAGUCAAUCAAUAAAUAAAGUCAAAAUGGACCGAGUCAGAAUUAUGAAUCUAAAGACUUUGUGAUGUGUCUGUCUUUAUUUAAGGCAGUGGUCUAUUUCUG